AGAGAGGAUAGGGCCAAGGCACCCAAGCUUCCCUCAUUUGUUGAUGGCAAGGACGACUUGGAUGCUUACCUACAACGAUUUGAGAGGUUCGCAACUACAGCUAAAUGGGAGAAGACAGGAUGGGUUUCGAAACUUAGUGCUCUUUUGUCUGGACGUGCUCUAGAGGUUUGUUCGCGAUUAUCUGAAGAAGCAGCCCAAGAUUAUGACCGAGUAAAGUUAGCUUUGAUGAAGAGAUAUGACCUUACAGAGGACGGCUAUCGUCGAAAAUUCAGAGCAUCAAAGCCGGAAGUUGACGAGAGUCCUGAACAGUUUAUAGUGAGACUGGAUAGAUACUUACUACGUUGGUUAGAGCUGUCGAACACUGAACGUUCUUUUGAAAGGCUUGAAAGAUUUAAUUGUGAAAGAACAAUUUAUUGA